GCGCAAAAAUACUAAUCUCAUUCAAGGUAGGCAAAAGAUUAUCAACAAAUAUUCUGCUGUACUUUGGUCCAGUUUAUAAGAUGUCUUGGCCGUUUAGUAUAAGAGAAAGAGCUAAGAUGAAGCAUGUUCUUYUAACUAAGCCUUCACAGACAAUUAAAUCUAGACUAAUGGUUCGUGUCUCGGCUGAAGCUCACCAAGGCGGUAGAAGGUACAUGGAGGACCUAACUUCAGUUCUCUUCGAUCGACAACGCGUUGGAAAAGACAUUGGUCAGUGCUAUGCAGCUGUUUAUGACGGUCAUGGAGGUAGUGAAGCAGCUAUAUUUGCUAGGGCAAUGUUGUGGGAUACGAUCAAAAAGCAACGAGGUUUUUACUCUCAAGAUCCAGCACACGUAGUGAAGGCUAUCAAAGAAGGCUUUUUGGCGACCCACAGAGCAAUGUGGAAACAGUUAGAUAACUGGCCCAAGACAAGACAUGGUUUGCCCAGCACGUCAGGGACAACCGCUGCUAUAGUAAUUAUCCGCGGGCGCAAGAUGUACGUAGCUCACGUUGGAGACUCCGGUGUGGUGCGGGGAAAGAUAAAAAAUAAAUUAACUAAAGCUGAGCCACUAACGUCAGACCAUAAACCAGAGAGCCCAGACGAAAAGAAGAGAAUUGAAGACAUCGGUGGGAGAGUGUUGGUUCGUAACGGCGUACACCGAGUAGCCUGGAAACGACCUGUCGUUCUGAAACACAAGGGACCAAUAACAAGAAGGACUCAAACAGAAAUGGUGCCAUUCUUGGCUGUAUCCAGAGCUUUAGGGGAUCUGUGGAGUUUUGACUACUUUCGCGGGGAGUUCGUCGUAUCUCCAGUUCCGGACGUUCAAGUCUAUACAAUAGACCCUAGUGUCCAUAAAUACGUCAUCGUAGCUAGCGAUGGAUUGUGGGGUGUCGUACGUCCGGACGAAGCAGUUCGUUGUGUAAAUGAGUCAAUUCAAAAUGUAGAUGAACUUUUGGAUGUUGAUGUGUCUCAUAGACUUGUUUCUCUUGCUUUAUCAAGAUGGCGAGAACAGCGCCUUCGUGCAGAUAAUACAUCUGUUAUCGUAAUAUUCUUUGAAGAAGGCGGCUCGAAGCCCUGUAAACACAAGUCACCGUCCGAGUCACCUCAGGCGGAGUCUCAGACAGACACAGACACUGCUUCCGAAGUUAGCACGGAAAUGACCCGAGAGAACACGAUGAAAACUUCGGAUAGCAGCGAGAACCAAUCACAAUCCGACUUGACGCCAACCUCCACAAACCUUGAUUCGGACAAGCCGGCUCUUGUCCGAACUUUAGCRUUUAGAUGUACUGAACCACAAAAUUCACAUCUAUCACCGUCGCUUCAACCUGAGAGUGUUUGUGUGGAAUUACAAUAGCUAGUUUUUUUAGUUUUUCUUUUACCAAUAUUUUCAGUCCGUUAGCCUUGAGAUGGYAAAUAUUCUGCAUUUUGGUCUAGUCGUCUGUUUGUCAUGCCUUGCGUGGUGUUGUCCGACCAGAAUACGUGUUUGUCCAGCUCAGUGAAGGUCUCAGCACGCUUUCUUCAGGGGUGGGGAGGGGUAGUCAUGAUAUUCAAAUUCAUGUUUAUAGCAAAUUUUUUACAAUAUUUAAAGAAACCAARAGCUCAUUACAUUGUAUUAUGUUUAAGAAUCAAAAUUGCUGGUUAUUAUGUCAUCUAAUUUGUCAUCAAAUUGCAUAGACAUGCUGAUCCGGAGAGGUUUUAAAGUUUUUUUUUCAGUUUUUCRUAAUGGUGUAAAUAGGUUGAAGCAUUUUUUAGCAAAAAUCUUUGUAAAGUGUACAAAUUACAAUUAGAAUGUGGAAUCUAUACAUAUGAAGAAUUGAAUAACAAUAUAUCCUUUUUGAAUUGAUAACAAGCUUAAUUUAGAUGAUUAUGAGAAUUAAGAGUGAAAUAUACAUCGGACAUCUCACGAGGUCAAACUGGCCACAGUAUAGGGUCAUGUGAUCCAUUUUGGCCAGUGAAAAUAAGUUUGAAAAUUACAACUGAUCUCUUGAGGAGGAGCUAUCGAUAAGAGAAUAAUUUCGGAUUAAAACGCGCAUGCGCAGUUA